UUGGCGGUUGUUUUUGCGAUCUUCACCGUAUGUCCAUCACGUACUCGAGUCACACAAGCUGACGUUUUAGGACAUCUUUCUCUAUGGAUUGGUAUGUCUCUUCCUGAAGAUGGAAUCAGGCUAAUGGAUAGAUUGUGCCUGUUGUUCCGACGGCUUUGCAACAACGAGUUGGGUUGUCUGAAGAUGAUGGUGAGUUUUCUCUGCAAUCAAGAUGAAUCUAACAAUGUACAGAGCAGCGAUGGAUGUCGAUUCUACUGGGGCUAUACGGAGCCACCUUUCUCGCGGCAUCUCGUGAGUAGUUUCUAUCUGAUCUCUACCAGACUGACAGAAUAGCUCUCUCUGGCUAUCUGGCCGAUCGCAUCCAAUCCAGACGAGGCCCUCUCAUCCUAGGCCUGGUAGCAUUGGGCGGUGCAACUGCCAUGAUCUGUGUGGGAACACAUAUCGCACUCUGGAUUGCCGGUCGAUUACUGCAAGGCGCAUCCGCAGCUGUCGUCUAUACUGUUGGGAUGGCACUGCUGAUUGAAACAGUCAGUAAGAAGGACCUGGCACAAGCGAUGGGAUAUGUCGAUCUGGCUUCGACGAUUGGGGUUUGUGCCGGUCCGUUGCUCGGGGGUGUCUUGUACGAGCGCUGUGGAUAUUAUGCUCCCUUUGGACUGGCAUUUGGCUUGAUUACGCUGGACAUUGUUUUGCGGCUGGCGUUGAUUGAGAGGAAACAUGCGCUGCGAUGGACGCAGCCUCAAUUGCCGUCGACAAGAUCGGAGAAGACAAUGGAGGAGAAUAUCACACCAGGUCAACCGGAGAAUCCGGAAGAAAAGACACGUCGCAAUCGGCUGGUGACGCUGCUCUCAUCGUAUCGCAUGAUUGUGGCCAUCUGGGUGUCUUUUGUCGUCUCGAUCGUGUUGACUUCCUUCGACAGCACCAUUCCCCUCUUCGUGAGAGACACGUUCCACUGGAAGCAGACAGCGCAAGGCCUCAUUUUCAUUCCACUGGCUAUUCCGCAUCUUUUCGACCCCCUGAUUGGCUUCCUCGUCGACCGAUACGGCUUUGUUCGACGAUAUGUCGCUGCAGGGGCACUUCUUGCAUCGGUUCCUCCCAUAGUUCUUCUCCGUGCCGUGACGGAAAACACCAUGCACGAUAAAAUCAUCCUCUGCGCUCUCCUCGCCUUGAUCGGCCUCUGUCUGGCUCUGCUGGCACCGCCGAUCAUGGUCGAGGUGUUCUACACCAUCCAAGCCAAGGAGGAGGAAGAUCCUCGUAUUUUCGGCACAGGUGGCGCCAUCGCCUUCUCGUACGGCCUGAUGAACGCGGCCUUUGCGGCAGGAAGCAUCGCCGGGCCGUUUUUUGGCGGUUUCAUUAAGGAUGAUGCGGGCUGGGGCACGAUGGGCUGGGCGAUCGCGUUGUUGAUGGGUGUUUCGGUGGUGCCAACCUUGCUGUGUCUGGGGGGAUUGUGGACGAAGAGAAGCAUCUGAAUGGACCGUGUUUAAACUGUUUGUGGCUUAAUCUCCGGUGGUGGAUGUUUUUCGCACGGGGCAAUUUCGGGGAAUUUAUUGGAUUUAUUGUGGAGCGAAUCUUGUUGUCACGAACCGUUGAAUCGGUAUAAUAGGGGUUGAUGUCAUGAGAUAUUUCUUAUGCUCGCCACUAUCACUUCACUCC